AUGAGCAGACUCAGACCUAUCCACGGCGCCUGUAAUUGUGGUCGCAAUGUCUACUCCAUUACAGUACCACAGGAUGCUCUAGAACGAGCAGAAGUGUAUUUCGACGGCAGUAGUGAGAGCAGACGAAGUCAGGCUACCCCUCUCACAGCAUGGCUGCGAAUACCCCUGCCUUGGUUCUCUUCCUCGACACAAGCUCUUUUCUCUGACGAGACACAUUCUUCCAUACGCAAAGUCUUCAGUCCUCUACAUGCCCCUCAUUCCAAGCGGGUGUUCUGUGGAUAUUGUGGAACACAUUUAUCCUACUGGACGGAACAACCGGCCUCAGAAGCAGAGUACUUAAGCGUGACGCUGGGGAGUCUUUCAACAGAAGACCUCGAGGCACUGCAUGAAUUGGACAUAUUACCGAGUGAUACAGACGCCGAAUCUGCUCCAUCUUCUGAGAUGCAGCAAACACACCAAGGUACAGUUUCAGGCGAAGAGUCAAACUCCCAAUUGAUCACUCGAAGUCAACGGAGUGGAACAACAGAAGGUCUAUCUUGGUUCGAAGAACUACUAGAAGGAAGUCGUCUUGGACGGGGACAGAGGACUCGACGUGGUCAGGGCGUCAGUGCCGAUGGAUCUACACGAGUAGAAUGGGAAGUAUCAGAAUACUUUGACGGAGGGAUUGAGGAGCCGGAUGCCAAACAAUCUACAACGGCAAGCUCGAAACGAAAGCUCGACGAGGUUGUGGAGGGCGACGACGUGAACAUGCGAGGAUAA